CUCUCUCGCUGUAGGAUAAGAAGCCUUACCGUUCUUUAAUUCCACUGAUCACAGCGCCAAUGGCGACAAUAGCAGCUCUCUCUUCUUUCUCCUCUCUCUCCCUCCAUACCCACAGCUCCCGCCUCUCUUCCCUCUCCACAAAACCCACCAAAUCCCCAUUCUCUAACCUCCCAAGGCCCUCACCUUUCUCUCUUUCCUCCCCUGCAACAAAACCUGCAACCCUCUCCGUUAGAGUCAAAUCCAGCGAAAAUGAUACCUCCUUCUUCGAAAACGUCGACACUGAAGCAGACGACAAUGUCUACGACCCCCCGCCGCGGCCCGAGGGUUUUGUUCCCCCUCCUUACUUUGACGAAGGUCCAAUGGAGACUGAGGAAGAAAUCGCCGCCGCUUACGAGGAGAUGUACGGACCUGCGUACAGCGGGGAGAGUGUGUUGGGAAAUGACAUAUAUGUUAUGGAUUCUAAGGUGAAGAAGGCGAGUGGGUUUGGUAAGGUGAAGAAAGAGAAGCCGAAAGAUGGGUUAGAGGAGAGAGUGGUUCAGGUUAGGAGAGUGACCAAAGUGGUGAAAGGAGGGAAGCAAUUGCAUUUUAGGGCAAUUGUGGUGGUCGGGGAUAAGCAGGGGCAAGUGGGUGUUGGCGUAGGGAAGGCUAAAGAGGUGAUUGCGGCUGUGCAAAAAUCGGCGGUGAAUGCGAGGAGGAAUAUCGUCAGUGUUCCUAUGACUAAGUACUUGACGUUUCCCCAUCGAUCUGAGGGUGACUAUGGGGCUGCGAAGGUUAUGCUUAGACCAGCUUCACCAGGUACAGGAGUGAUUGCUGGAGGUGCUGUAAGAAUUGUUCUGGAAAUGGCUGGGGUUGAGAAUGCUUUGGGAAAGCAACUUAGAAGUAAAAAUGCACUGAACAAUGCGAGAGCAACUGUUGUUGCAGUCCAGAAAAUGAGACAGUUCCGUGAUGUUGCUCGUGAGCGUGGAAUUCCCAUGGAAGAACUCUGGAAGUGAUUGAUUUUCUACAACCAGCUCCAAUUUUCUUUUGACAAUCUUGUGUAGAUCAUGUACAAGAGGAUUUUGUAUUGCAAUUCAGUCUAAAACAAAAUUCUUUCUCAUCCA